AUGUCGCUGGGCUGGGCUCCGACGGAGGUCGGCGAGGAGCACGAAUUUGUCGCCAAGCCCCGCGCAAUGGCUCGCAAGCGCAGCUCGCCGUGCGACACUGGGCCGCAUGAGGAGCCUGCGGUGAAGAGGGAACGGGCCACCAGGCAAUUAGCCUCCGAUAGCGCGGUGGUCAAGGUGAAGGCACGGAGCAAGGACGGAAAGGAGGUCAAGCUGAACUUCGAGUUGGGGCCCGAGGACACCAUGGCCAAAGUGAUCCGCGCUUGGUGUCGGCGGUACGGUGCGGACCAGGACAAGGUGGCCUUCGUCCAUUGCGGCAGGCUCGUCUCGCCGACGCAUUGGCCGGCCGACCUCGGGCUGGCUGAGGGCCGCAGGCUGGCGGUGACCGCGGUACCGAGGGCCUCCCAGGAGGCGCAGGCAGCCCGCGCGCAGGCGCACGCCCCUCAGCGGCCGCCCAGUGAACUUUGCGUCUUCACCAGCGCGCAUAAGCCCAAGCUGCUGGCGGCCCGGCCGGAGCUGAGGGGCGACAGCUCGGAGGCUGCAGCUGGGCUCACGGGGGUCCUCGACGACGAGUGGAAGGGGCUCACCGACGAGGAGCGCCAGCCUUACGAGCAGCUGGCCGACAGGCGCCCGUGGUUCAGAGUCUCGCUCUCGCCCCCCACCCCAUCUUCUUGCGAUUUCCACGAGAUUGCGUAUCGUAGCGCUGCAGCUGCGGAGGCAACGGACGACGACCACAUCUUUGGCUCCAGAUUUGGCGGACGGCGCUUGGCGGUGGCGGCGGUGUACCAGUCCAAGUGGCGUCAGUUACCCUCGACCGUGCGCCCGUCGACGACCAGCAUCACUGAGAAGGCUGUCUACGUCCACAGUUUCCUCUCCACCCUCGUGGGCUUGGACGUGGUCGACAUCGACCUCGACGGUAGCGUCGCCCAGCUCAGGAGCAGCGUGCCCUUGGCCACCAACACGGACGCGAGGGACGUCGUGUUCGGGCUCGGGUCCGUGAUUUUGUUGGACAUUGGUGCCAGCCUGCGCGCGGCCGGGCUGAGUGACGGCUGCGACGCGGAGCGAGAUCGUGAGUUUGAUUGUGACGGUGACGAGGCGUCCGAACCUGACCAGGUUUUCGGCGAGAUCGACGCGGUAGUAAGAGUCCAUAAACCAGCGCAGGCCGCCGUGGAGCAGCAGACACUGGAGGCAGCAGUUGCUUUGAUGACGGUCCUUGGCGGCGAGGUGGCGCCUCCAGCCCACAUCGCGUGGAUCGAGGCAGCCUUGCCCUCGCUGGCCCAGGUAGCUCGCGACUUCCCCGUGGCCUUCUGGUCGGCCUCCAUGGCCGCGCGGCCCGACGCUGGCCCGGCGAGCCGGGAGGAGGCUGCCAGCGAGCUCCCCGCCACAGCAGGCGCCCAUCUUGCGGGCGAGCUCCAGCGCCGGCUAGACCUUGCCCGCAGCCAGGAGUCGGCUUUGCAGCGCGAGUUGGGUCGGCCCCCAGCCUCGAUCGACGAGAUGAUGACGAUGGAACCGGUGUUGGCGGCGCCGCUGUCCAAUCAACCGGACAUCAUUGGCGUCGCGUUUUUCGAGGCGGAGCCCAGCGGCCAGGAUAGGAGCGGCGCCAAUGACCCCGCGGGCCCGCCGACGCAGGAGUGA